AUGGACUACUGGUCGAUUUGCUUGCUGUUAGUUUCGCUAUUCGGUACGAUAUUACGCACUGGUGGUGUUGAGUUAACCUUCGAACUUCCAGAUAAUGAGAAACAGUGUUUCUUUCAAGAUAUUACGAAGAAUGAGACGGCGAUGUUGGAAUUUCAGGUCGUGACAGGCGGACAAUACGACGUAGAUGUAUCCUUAGAAGCACCAAAUAAAGAAAUUAUCUUCCAACAAAUUAAGACUCAGUUUGAUUCGCAUCAAUUUACAGCUGCUAUGACAGGAGCAUACAAGGCCUGUUUUAGCAACGAGUUUUCUACAUUUUCACACAAGUUAGUCUACAUGGACUUCCGUGUGGGCGAUCAGAUGCCUCUGGCUGGUCUCGGAGAACAUGUAACCGUCAUGACUCAGAUGGAGUCUUCGGUACACGAAGUACAUACACACUUGAAUAAAAUUCUAGACUACCAAACGCAUCAUCGAUUAAGGGAAGCACAAGGCCGUAAACGUGCAGAGGAUCUAAAUGAUCAUGUGUUGAAAUGGUCGAUCGUAGAAACAUUUACUAUUAUCGCUAUAUGUGUGAUGCAGGUGUAUAUUUUGAAGACAUUCUUCACAGAGAGAAAACCCUAGCGCAUUCACUAGUGUACUUGCGAAUGACAGUAUUUUUUUUGCUCACAAUAAAAUACCGUCUCCGUCUGAGCGAUGUGAUAAUUACAUCAUAAACGAGCUCUAACUACCAGUUAUGGUGCCAUGUUAACAUCGGCCAGUUGUUUCGGAUGUGUUGGCUUUCCUUCAGACGUCAUGAAAUAACUCUAUAUCAAACAGACGGAACAUUCUAACAAGAAUAAAUUCUGUUCACUUGUGUAUGAAAAUGUGUAUGCCCGUUCAUGUGUGUAUCAUUUGGACAUUAAGUUAUAGGAAGGAUAGGCUGUUUUAGAAUGGGUACCUGCUCUACCGAGAGCUAUAACAGGCAAUAGUCGGAACUGUUAUAUUGUCUUACCUUUACUUACACGAAAUUCUUAAGUUAUAAUUGUACUUUGCUACUGACAGUGUACCGGACAUUACCGCGAAAGAAGAAACACAUUUUUUCUUACUGUGAAACUGUAAUAUAAUAAAUUAAAGUAUCUGCGCGAAUGGCUAUGUUUCCCUUUACGAUCAUUUAUUCUCCUUGUUUUUAAUUAUUGUACGAUAAGUAUGUUCCUAAAUUGACGAACUUAAUCGAUAUCAAGAAAAAUAUUCCUCUGUUGGAGACAUUGGAGGUUGUAUACAAGUUUUUCGUCAAUAGGCAUAUUUUAUAUAAGUAUUUAAUACUUUAAUUGUUAAAGAAAAAAUGCAUUCGCAUAUCAGAAAUUUAUAUGUACAAGAAACGUAACGAAAUAAAUCGUAAACUUUCUUUCCAUAUCA